AUGGCGGUCACUUUACCCGCGGUGGUGGAGGAACUCCUGAAUGACAUGGCAGCGGCGGUCCGCGAGAGCACGCGAAUUUCUGAUGAGCAUCUGUUAUCCCUCAAGUUUCUCUUUGGCUCCUCAGCCAUCCAGGCCUUGGACCUCGUUGAUCGACAGUCCAUUACCUUGAUCUCAUCUCCCAGUGGGAGGCGUGUGUACCAGGUCCUCGGAAGUUCCGGUAAAACAUACACCUGUUUGGCCUCUUGUCAUUACUGUUCGUGUCCAGCAUUUGCCUUCUCGGUGCUACGGAUGAGUGACAGCCUCCUGUGCAAACAUCUCUUGGCAGUUUAUCUUAGUCAUAUAAUGGGGACCUGCCAGCAGCUAACUGUCUCUGACAAGCACCUGACUGACAUGCUGUUCACCGAGGAGGAACAAGAGCAUAAAGAUACAGAAUGA